AUGUCCUCGUCCAGCGAGGCCAGUCCAGGCAACUGGAUCACCGGCAGCUACACCGGCGACAGCAAUGGGGUGCGCAUCACCAUCGCCACCUUCGUCGGCGUCGCGUGGUACAACGUGAUCGAGUUAAUCGUCCUCAUCUUCCUCACCUUCAAGCGCUACCAGGGCCCCUACUUCUGGAGCAUGUUCAUCUCCUCCGUCGGCAUCCUCCCCUACUCCAUCGGCUACCUGAUCAAAUUCUUCGACCUGACCAGUGCCACCUGGCUCCCCGUCACCUUACUCACCGUCGGCUGGUGGUCGAUGGUAACCGGGCAAUCGUUUGUGCUAUAUUCGCGCCUGCACCUGGUACAAGGGAACCAACGGAUUUUGCGCGCCAUCAAGGGAAUGAUCAUAAUGAACAUCUUCCUCCUUCACGUACCAACGACCGUCCUCACCUACGCCGCGAACUUCUCGCAAUCCCCGUCCUCCAUCGCGGGGUACGACGUGAUGGAAAAGCUUCAGUUGACCGGCUUUUGCGUGCAGGAAGUGAUCAUUUCGAGUCUGUACUUGUGGGAAACGAAUCGCAUGCUCCAGCUCAACCAGGACCGCGGCAGUCGCAAGACUAUCAUGCAACUACUCGCGGUAAACGUCGCAUGUAUCCUGAUGGACAUCGCGCUCAUGAUCAUCGAGUUCAUGAACUUCUACAUCUUCCAAACAACCCUCAAGGCCACCCUGUACAGUAUCAAGUUGAAGCUUGAGAUCGCUGUCCUGGGAAAACUUGUCAAAAUCGCACACCAACAUGUCUGGCAAUCCGCCUUCGAAGCCGGCGGCGGCCAGUACCCUUCCUUCGUGGACCCGACUCGCAUUGCGGGGGAUUUCAACCAUGCCGCCGAGUCUUUGCCAGCAAGCCAAGGCUCCAAGGGCCGUGCGACCGGCCUCGAGGCUAUCGAUUACCAUGACGAUAUUCGGUGA